GUUUGGGCUUGAGCUGGAUGGAUAGAAAUGAAUGGGAGCAACAAAGGUGGCGGUAUGCACUUUAAGGUGUGUGCGAUCUGCCAUUAAAUCGAGAGAAGAAGAAGACUUUCUAAAGGCGGUCUGCUAUAGCAACCGUGAAGUGGAUUCACCAACAAGAAGGCUCUUAUACACCCAUGAAUGGAAGUUGCUGAAUGGGAAUCCUUUCAACAUCUCUGACAGUCUGAUUGGCUCCUUCCUGAGCAAUAUCAGUCUGCCAAAUAUGGAUUGUGGUGGAGGAACUAAUGACGUGCAGCAGGAGCUGGACUCUGUGGAGUCAGAGCUGGAGUUGGUGGAGCUGCAGAUCUCCGAUCUCCAGGAGAAGCAAGCUGAGCUGAAUGAACGGAAAAAUGCCCUGCUGCAGGAGCUGGAGGAGGCCUGUGAUACCGCACAGCCAUCAUCGUCUUCCUCAAAGUCAUCUGGAGCCACUCCUGUUAUCAGCAAGCAGGAGAUGCUGCUAUAUGACGGCACAGAUUUUCCAUGGUCUGAAAAUUUGGAGCAGCACCUGAAGGACACGUUCCAUCUCUCCACGUUCAGACCACUGCAGCUGAGGGCCAUGAACCUCACUCUGUCGGGCAAAGAUCUGUUCCUGGUGAUGCCCACAGGGAGAGGGAAGAGCCUCUGCUACCAGCUGCCAGCAGUCAGCUCCAACGGUUUUACACUGGUUGUCACCCCCCUGCUGUCCCUAAUGGAGGACCAGAUCAUGUACCUGAAGUCCAUCGAUGUGGCAGCAGUCAUGCUAAAUGCGUCCAGUAGCAAGGAGCACGCCAAGAGCGUCAUGGCUGGAAUGACGGAUCCGAAGGCCCCUUUCAAGCUGCUGUACGUGACUCCAGAGAAGAUUGCCAAGAGCAAGCUGCUCAUGUCUCGAUUGGAGAAAGCCUACAACGCAAACCUGCUGAGUCGUAUCGCUGUGGACGAGGUGCACUGCUGCAGCCAAUGGGGACACGACUUCAGAACAGAUUAUAAACUGCUGGGCAUCUUAAAGAGACAGUUCCCCAAAGUGCCACUACUCGGACUCACAGCCACAGCGACCAGCAGCGUCCUCAAGGACUGUGAGAAGAUCCUGUGUGUGCCAAAGACCAUCACACUGACCGCAUCCUUCAACCGGACCAAUCUCUACUACGAGGUCCGUAUUAAAGAUUCUAACCAUGAGGCAUCAAUAAGUGACAUCGCUGCUCUGAUCAAGAGCAAAUACAAGGAUCAGUCAGGAAUCGUGUACGUGUUCUCUCAGAAGGAUGCAGAGUCGGUGUCGUCUGAACUCCAGAAGAGCGACAUCGUAGCCUUUCCCUACCAUUCUCACAUGGAGCCCGCAGAUAAAUCCCGCAUUCACCGCAAAUGGACCGCCAACAAAAUCCAGGUGGUGGUGGCCACAGUGGCGUUUGGCAUGGGCAUUGACAAGCCUGACGUACGGUUUGUCAUCCACCACACCAUCAGCAAGUCCAUCGAGAACUACUACCAAGAGAGUGGACGCGCAGGCCGGGACGACCGCCAAGCAGACUGCAUCGUGUACUUUGGCUUCUCUGACAUCUUCAGGAUCAGCACCAUGGUGGUGAUGGAGAACGUUGGUCAGAAGAAGCUCCUGCAGAUGGUCGACUACUGCCAGAAUGUCGACAGGUGUCGGCGCUCUCUCAUGGCCGUUCAUUUCGAUGAGAUUUGGGACGAUGAAGGAUGCAACCAGAUGUGUGAUACUUGCCACCAUGCAAAAGAUUACACCACAGUGGACAUCACCGAGCAUGCCAAGCAGGUGGUGCAAAUCGUGGAAAUAGCGACGUCAAUGGAUGAGAAGCAGACUCCUCUGAAGGUGGUGGAGACGUGGAUAGGGAAGGGACCAGCCAAGCGCAGGAAGAUGAUCCAGACCACCACUCUGCCUCGGCUGCAGGCUGAAGCUGUGAUCGUGCGGCUGUUGCUGCAGGGAUACCUCAGAGAGGAUUUCAGCUUCACUCCGUACACCACCUACUUCUACUUGAAGUUGGGUCGCAAAGCUCCUCUGCUGAAGGUCGAAACACACACACUCAAGAUGAACAUGAGGACGACAGGGAGUGGAUCUGCCGACAUAUCAGCCAACGAGGAGAUGGAUGUGAUCUUUGACCCCAUUGUUGUGGGCAACAGCUGUACCACCCCACCCAAACAGAAACUAUUUAAAGAACAGAGCAACCUGUCCAGGAAACAUGAACUGCGAGAGGAAGAAAAGGACAUGUCCAUCAUGCCUCAACAUGAAAUUGAGGUUGAAAUAAACAUUGUCGCUAACAGUGACGGUCAGAAAACUCCAGUUAAACCCUCCAAAUGCAAAUCCACCACCCCUCAGAGAGUGAGGAGGAAACCCCGCGAAAAAGCAGCAGCUGAAGAUUCUCCAUCCCCAGCUGGAGACACUGCCACCAAACCUGUCCCCGGCUCUCCAUCCCAUGCCUCCUUCAUCUCUGACACCGCAGCUGAAGAGCUCUGUGACUUGAGGAACUACUACAGCAAACAGCUUAGGAGGAUAAACUACGUUUCACAUGAGUACCUGGGGCAAGAUUCCGAGCCAGGAGUGCUGGCGUGCAUCAGGGAGCCGCUUCGGAGCCUCCGCCUUCCCCGAGGGGGGACCAUCGCUCAGACGGCCCGCAGCCUGUGGACACGGGUCAGCGGCAGGAGGAAACUGGUGCACCGAUGACAUCACAGUUUGAAGUUCAGUCGACUGCACUUAGAGAGAAAGCUUGUAUUUGCUGGCACAGUCAAAUAAGCCACUAUGAAUGAGUGUGACUUUAGAGCCACCUGGUGGUAGUAUGACAGAACUAACCUGGUAGUAUUAGGAUGAUUACAAAUCAUCACCUAAAAGUUCGUUUUUUUUCUACAAACAAAACAUUUGCUUUAGAAAUUAUUUGAAAGUGGCUGUGAUACAACAAUAAGUGCCUCUGCCUUUAAAUGUCCUUUAUAGGUUCAAAGACAUUUUCCAUAUUUCACACCUCCACUGCUUAGUUGCCAAUUGAUGAAUAUCUUCUAAAUAAUCUGAUACUGAAUUAAAGCUGUACUUUUUCAGCUUUGUUAUAAGAAAAUCUACCAAUUUAAUAAUUAAUCAAAGUGGGAUAUAAAAGGGAAUUGGAAUUAUUUGAAAUAUAUGCAGUUCAGUCAAUGGGAAACCAACAAAUGACUGAAACUGAAAGGUAUUUUUUGUUGUGCUAUGUUUCUGCUACAUUACAGUAUGCUGCUGGUUCUCCAUAAAACAUUUCAUUUUAAAUUAAGUAACGACACACUAUUAUUGGCACUGAUGUAUGCAGGUUUCAGACUACAUAAUAUCAUAAAAACCCAACCCAGGAGACAUUGGGUCAGUUUACAAAUGACAAUGACUAUCUCAGCAUGACCUGAGCGAAAGACUUGCCUGUCGGAUUUGUUUUACUACCACAACUUGUUCCCUGACAUUCAUGACUGUCAGAGAAUAUUUUAAUCCGAUCUGUGUGUUUAGAGGUUCUCAGUCUUAUAAACGUGUGCUUUUGUUGAGUCGCAUGUGAUCCUGCUUGUAACUUGAGGAGGACAGAGGUCAAGAGGUCCUCUGCCUUCCUAUGGGUGAGGGGUUUGGGCACAUGAGUUGCAAUAAAAAGGUGCCUUUGUUCCGAUGUCUGGUAAUGAUUAAGGGAAAGGCGGGAAUAUAGGUCCCUCCUCUUCUCAUGUAUAGAUCUGUGUU